CAAUGAUGUUGGCAUUCACAAUCAGUGACACGAUAACUAAACCGGUCUCCCGGUCAAAUCUUUUUAGACUCUCUUCUUAUUACAGUGUCUCUCUUCCUUAAACUCUCUCUCAUCACCGUGGCUCACACCGGCCGUCUAAGGAUGUAUCUUCUCUAUUUCUUCCUGUUUUUUCCCGCCGUCUUCUCUCUGAACCAAGAAGGCUCUAUUCUUCAGCAAGUCAAGCUCUCUCUCGACGACCCAAACUCUUCACUCUCCAACUGGAACCCCCGAGACGACUCGCCGUGUCACUGGUCCGGCGUCUCCUGCGGCGGAGCUUUCUCCUCCGUCACUUCCGUCGACCUCUCCGACGCUAACCUCGCCGGACCUUUCCCUUCCCUCAUCUGCCGUCUCCCCAACUUGUCAUCUCUCUCACUGUACAAUAACUCCAUCAACUCCACGCUCCCCCUCGACAUCGGAGCUUGCAAGACUCUCAAGACUCUCGAUCUCUCGCAGAACCUCCUCACCGGCGAGCUUCCCCACACACUCGCCGAUCUCCCCCUCUUGACGUCGCUUGAUCUAAACGGAAACAACUUCUCCGGCGACAUUCCGGCGAGUUUCUCCCGGUUUGAAACGCUCGAGGUUCUUUCUCUCGUCUUCAACCUCUUAGACGGAGCCAUCCCGCCGUUUCUAGGCAACAUCACCUCCCUCAAGAUGCUCAACUUAUCCUACAACCCGUUUACUCCGGGUCGGAUCCCGCCGGAGCUCGGAAACUUGACGAAUCUCGAAGUCAUGUGGCUCACAGAGUGCAACUUAAUCGGACAGAUCCCUGACUCGCUGAGUCAACUCACCAAACUCGUUGAUCUGGACCUCGCGCUCAACGACCUGGUGGGUCCCAUCCCUCGCUCCUUAGGCGGGUUAACGAGCGUCGUUCAGAUUGAGUUAUACAACAACUCGUUGACCGGUACAAUUCCGCCGGAGCUCGGGAAUUUGAAAUCACUAAGACUUCUCGACGCGUCAAUGAAUCAGUUAACCGGUUCUAUACCGGACGAGCUCUGCCGCGUGCCGUUGGAGAGUUUGAAUCUUUACGAGAACAAUCUCGAAGGCGAGCUUCCGGCGAGUAUAGCUUCGUCGCCGAACUUGUACGAGCUCAGGAUCUUCGGAAACCGUCUCUCCGGCGAGUUGCCAAGAGACCUCGGUCGUAACUCGCCGCUGAAAUGGUUAGACUUUUCCGAUAACGAAUUCUCCGGCGAGUUGCCGCCGGAUCUCUGUUCUAAAGGGGAGCUGGAGGAGUUGCUGAUUAUACACAACUCCUUCUCCGGCGCUAUACCGGAGAGUCUAGGAGAUUGCAGGAGCUUGACGCGUGUCCGGUUAGCGUAUAACCGGUUUUCCGGUCAAGUUCCGACCGGUUUCUGGGGGUUGCCUCACGUUUACUUGCUCGAGCUCAUCAACAACUCGUUCUCCGGCGAGAUUGCAAAGACCAUAGGAGGCGCGGCGAACCUCUCGCUGUUGAUUCUGACCAACAAUGAGUUCACCGGAGGGUUACCGGAGGAGAUUGGUUCUUUGAACAACCUUAAUCAGUUGUCGGCAAGUGGAAACAAGCUAAGUGGCUUUUUGCCUGAAAGCUUGAUGAAUCUUGGGGAGUUAAGUACUCUUGAUCUUCAAGGAAACCGGUUCUCCGGGGAGUUAUCUCCUAAAAUCAAGUCAUGGAAGAAGCUAAACGAGUUGAACUUAGCCGGUAACCAGUUUUCCGGUUCAAUCCCUAACGAGAUCGGAAGUUUAUCAGUCUUGAACUAUCUUGAUCUCUCUGGUAACCUUUUCUCCGGGGAGAUCCCGGUUUCGUUGCAGGGUUUGAAACUAAACCAGCUGAAUCUUUCGAAUAACCGGUUAACCGGUGACAUACCGCCUUCUUUAGCUAAAGAGAUGUACAAGAACAGCUUCUUAGGGAACCCUGGGCUGUGCGGGGAUAUAAAAGGAUUGUGUGGGUACAAGGAUGAAGCUAAGAGCAAAGGCUAUGUAUGGCUUCUCAGAUCGAUCUUCGUACUAGCUGCUGUGGUGUUUGUUGCGGGUUUGGUUUGGUUCUACUUCAAGUACAGCACUUUCAAGAAAGCAAGAGCUGUGGAGAGAUCUAAGUGGACUGUCAUGUCGUUCCACAAGCUAGGUUUCAGUGAGAACGAGAUUCUUGAAAGCUUAGAUGAAGACAAUGUGAUUGGAGCUGGAUCUUCAGGUAAGGUCUACAAGGUUGUACUCACCAAUGGAGAAACCGUUGCUGUUAAACGUUUAUGGACAGGAGGAUCAGUUAAAGAGACAGGAGGAGACAGUGAUCUAGAGAAAGGCGAGAGAUCUGGUCCCAAAGACGAGGCCUUUGAGGCUGAAGUAGAGACAUUGGGUAAGAUAAGGCAUAAGAACAUUGUGAAGCUAUGGUGUUGCUGCACCACAAGAGAUUGCAAGCUAUUGGUUUAUGAGUACAUGCCUAAUGGUAGCUUGGGAGAUUUGCUUCACAGCAGCAAAGGAGGAACGUUGGGAUGGGAAACGAGGUUUAAAAUUAUCUUAGAUGCGGCCGAGGGGCUUUCUUAUCUUCACCAUGAUUGUGUUCCUCCGAUUGUGCAUAGAGAUGUUAAGUCCAACAAUAUUUUGAUCGAUGGAGAUUAUGGUGCAAGGGUUGCUGAUUUUGGAGUGGCUAAAGUCGUUGACUCGACCGGAAAAGCUCCUAAGUCCAUGUCUGUGAUCGCUGGUUCAUGCGGUUACAUUGCACCAGAAUAUGCAUACACGCUUCGUGUGAACGAGAAGAGCGACAUCUACAGUUUCGGGGUGGUGAUACUUGAGAUAGUGACUAGGAAACGACCCAUUUCUCCAGAGCUAGGGGAGAAGGAUUUGGUUAAAUGGGUAUGCUCGACGUUGGACCAGAAAGGUGUGGAGCAUGUGAUAGACCCGAAGCUAGACUCUUGUUUCAAAGAAGAGAUAAGCAAGAUCCUCAACAUUGGGCUUCUCUGCACGAGUCCGUUGCCUAUUAACCGACCCUCGAUGAGACGUGUGGUCAAGAUGUUGCAAGAAAUUGGCGGUGUUGACGACGAAAGCCGAAACAAAACGAGAGAAGAUAAGGAUGGGAAGUUAACACCUUACUACAAUGAAGAAGCCUCGGACCAAGGAAGUGUAGCUUGAGACAUGAAAAGGAAAGUGUGUGUUUUGCUCAAAAGCUCUUAAUUUUUGGUGCUUGAAGAUGUUAAUUUAGGGCACUGAAUCAAGAUUCUCCUCCUCCUCCCCCCUUAUCUUAAGGGUUUUGGUGUAAAAGAGAGAAUAAGAGUAUGCAAGUUUUUUAUAAUAUAUAUAAAAAGGUUUCUAAAUCA